GAUUUCUAAAACCCUCUUUCGAAUUCCAUUUGCCACUCUCUCGCUCUCAUUUUCGGAUUCCAGAAACCCCAAAACCUGAUCUCCAUCUCCGGCGAGAUUCCGUUUCUAUUGCCUGCUCAUUUUAGAGGUUUUUUGUUUCUCAGAUUUCGCAUCGGAAGUGCCUUACCAUUUCCUCUUCAGCAGAGGGUUUAUAGAGAUUUUAAGGUUCUAACCACAGAAGAUAAGCUCGAAAAAGGGAAAAAAAAAGAAGAGAAAAAAGAGAGAAAAUGGCAGCAACGGCAGCAAUUUCAGUCGCUCAAAGAUCUUUCCGAUGCUGCUUAUGGAGAACGACGGGCUUCUCUCCUUCUCUCGAAUCCAAUAAAACUUCCAUUCUCAAGAGAUUUCGGCACUCUCCCAUUUCUUCAAGGUUCCGAAGAGAAUCGUACUUCUUGAAUUCAAUGCUUCCCAUCCACACAGCUAUUGCGUCCACCCGCCUCGUCUCAAAGCUUCCGAGCGAAUCAAACAUGUCAGCUGAAGGGUAUUCUCAAAAUACGUAUUCGAGGGAAGAUUGAAGAAACAAAUCUCCACAAAAAAAAAAAAACUUCACAAUGUAGGAUUGUUCAUAUAUCUUGAUCUUCAUGUUGUUUUCCGAGUGUUUGAUGAAAUUCCUACAAAACGCUCUUACUGAUUUGCAUUUGAAGUGUGGGAGAUUGAAGAUGUAAUCUGUGUUUGAGAAAAUAUUGCAAGGCUCGAACUCGGCUCGAGCUGGCCUGAUCUGCUGACCAAAUUGAGCUGAGUUGACCAAUCAGGUUCGAGGACUGCCAAGCCUGUGUACAACUCUACUUGUAUGUAACAUGAUGCAUCUUAGUACUCUGGCUUGGAAUUGGGCUCACACUCGGCCUGGAUUUCAAACUCAGGCUUGGCCCCUUUUGGUGAUUUA